GCCUUAUUGGCGCCUGAGAAGACCAGAAAGGCACUCUCCAAAGUAGCAUUCGUAGCUGCUUUUCCCGCCCACCCAACCGGCUCGCAGCACCAAUGAGGAGAUUCAGUCCAGCCACCCAGCCCAGUCCAGUCAUGCAGGUACAUGAAGAUGGAGACAACCUCAUCCCCUUUGCCAAGUGUUCCAGGGUGGUCAGGCGAUCUCCACCCCUUAGUUUGCCUUCCCAGAGCCUCAGACUGACACCCCAGCGUUAUGGAGACAUCUUCUGGGAGAACCUUAGUCAAAGACCCAGCCCUACCUGGAUGGAAGAACAGUGCAUUCCAUCCCUGCCGAGAGCCACUGGUUGUUCCCAGCCCAGGGUGUAUCCCCCUGAGGGGCUCCCACCCCCUGAGAUGCUUUGCAGAAGAAAGAGAAGGAGGCCAUAUUUGGCAGGAAUGCAGCAGGGACCUGGGGGCAUCCCAGCUCGAGUAAGGGCUGUCGCUUACCACCUAGAGGAUCUAAGGAGGAGACAGAAAAUCAUCAAUGAACUAAAGAAGGCCCAGUGGGGCAGCUCUGGGGCUGCAUCUGAGCCCCUGGUGCCUGGCAAAGCUGGCUGCAGAUUCCCCAGCAGCACUGAGCACCAUGAUCUGGAAGAGGAGAGGGCAACCUAUCCACAGGAAGAGGACCACUUUCUCCCUCCUGGCAGGGCCCAGCUGCUUUGGUCUCCUUGGAGUCCCCUGGUCCAGGAAGGAUCGUGUCUCUCCAGGCUGAGCUCUCUACCCCCCUACAGCACUGCCACAGCCAGUAGGAACCCCCUUUACAGUAGCUGGGGGAUGGAGUGGCAGUCUGAGGAGUAA